AUGUCGAAUGCUCCGGUAGUGUUCAAGCGCAAAGGGAAGGCAACGCAACGCGCUCGUGUCUCGACCCCAGAGGCGGAGGCCACCGUAGUGGACGGAGGAGAUGCCGAGGUCUCGGAGUCGCCAAGUGCGCUGGCAGCCAAAGUCAAGAGGAAGACUCGCACAAAAGCAAAAUCUGCUUUGAGCUUCGGGGGCGACGAAGAGGAAGCUGGAGAGACCUUCAAGCUCAAGAAGGGAGUCUUGAGCAGCAACCUUGCGAAAGGAAAGGCUUCAACAGGGGUCUCAUCCUCAUCGUUUACACCGCAACAAACAUCGGGUCCCACGUACGAUGCGGCAUAUCUCAACGAGCUGAAAGCGAGCACACCCUCUGCGCGGCCCUCACUGCAUUCAAGUGCGCUGGAUACAGACGUGUCUAUGGACGUUGACGAUCCGUCUCAGUUCUCAGCGAUCACAGUCGAGACUCCGCUGCUGAAUCCAUGCGCAGACGAACAAUCAGAGACAGCAAUACCCUCCGCCUCGUCUAUUCUGUCAGCCAAACAAAAAAGAGAACGUCUCCGCGCCAAUAAAGGCAGCGAGGACUACAUCUCACUCUCACUCGCAAAACAAGAUGACUUCUCGCGGGGUCCUCAUCCAGAAAGUAGAUUGAUGAGAGAAGACGACGAGCUUGGAGACGCUGAUGAUGAAUUCGCCGAGUAUACCAGCGCUCAAGAGAGAAUUGCGCUUGGGAAGAAGUCGAGGAAGAAAGAGGCUCAGAAGAGGAGGGUCGAGAUGAAUGACAUGAUCGUCGAUGCAGAGGAGGAAGACGAAGAGACCAAGGAGUGGGAGCAAGAGCAGCUCCGACGAGGAGGCCUGCGGGCGGAGUCGGUAGAGCCUGCACCUAAACCAGUGUACAAACCUGCGCCAAUACCAAUGGCUACACCCAUACCUACUAUGCCUGGCGCCAUGGCACGUCUCACUAAGUCGAUGUCAGAAUUGACAACUUCACAUGCCGAACACUCUGCGACAAUGGCCAAGCUCGGGGAAGAGCAGCGCAUCCUCGACCAGCGAGAAAAGGAGAUGCGUGAGAUGAUCGCCAAGGCCGAGGAUAAGCGCAGCUGGUUCGACGCGUUCAGGGAGUGGAUAGAGAGCAUGGCCACGUUCCUCGACGAGAAGUUUCCUCCCCUAGAGAAGCUGGAAGAGGAGCACAUCAAUAUCCUCAAAGAGCGCGCAGGUAUUAUCGCCCAACGCCGUAAGGCCGAGGACGAAGACGACCUCGUCACCUUCCUCGGCGUCCCCACAUCCCUUGCCCCCGCCGAAGACGUUGUCGACGAGCUCGGCCGCUCCCUCCCCUCCACGACGUCCCCCGCAGCGCGUCAGUCGCGCCUUCAGGCCCGACAGGCACGUCGCACGCUUCGCCGCGCGACCAACACGAAGCAGGCUGCGUCCGACGAAGAGGGGUACUCGACCGAUGCGACACUCCCAGCAGGCGACAACGAGGACUAUCGGACGGCGAUGGGGCGGCUCGUGGCGGACGGCGCCGCGCUCAUGGCGGACGUCAAGGCCGAGGGGUUCCGCAACCCCGCUGCGGGGCUGGGGAAGUGGUUCGGGGAGUGGCGGGCCAAGUUUGCUGACGUGUAUACGGGUGCGUGGGGCGGGCUCGCCAUGAUCGGUGCAUGGGAGUUCUGGGUACGGCUGGAGAUGCUUGGGUGGAACCCGCUUGAGCGCCCGCGGAGCCUGGACUCGUUCAGCUGGUACGGCGCGCUCUACACCUACUCGCGCCCGUCCCCCGACGACGCAGGAGUAGACGAAGAGGACGACGAGCCGCCGCUCGGCCCCGACGGCGACCUCGUCUCCGCGAUGCUCACCACAGCCGCGCUCCCCCGCCUCGCCGCGCUGAUAACAGCUGGCGCGCUGGACGCGCACUCCGCCGUCGCCCUCCGCCGCCUCCUCGACCUCCUCGACGAGCUCUCACUCUCCGUCCCCUCCGACCACCCGAAGCUCGAGCUACUUCUCAAGGCCACAAAUGCGAUCUACGUGGAUGCCGUCACGCACACCGAGGACGUCCUGAAGCCGUUCAUCGAAGUGCUCCGUGUCGGCCAAGUCCAGGCCAGAUUUGACCCCGCCGCAGUACCUGCUCGCCAACGGGUGCUCAUGCGUCAGCGGAAGCUGCUCGCGGGCUUGCUCAGGUGGCGGAAAGCCGCGGGGGACCGGUUUGGGGCAGGCGCGCUCGUCACGCGGCUCGUCCAGGACAGCAUGCUUCCCAUCGCCGAAACGGGGUGGGAGGUCGGCGGGGAGGAUGUGAUGCGCAAGGUCGCUCAGUCGCUCCCCAUGGACCUAUGUCCGCCGUCACUCCAGUCGUUGCGGUAG